CUUGGUUCAGUCUUUGCUUUGACUAGUUAAACUUUCUAAAGGGCUUUCCUCGUUAGCUUUUCUUCGUUUCUACACUUCAGUCUCCGUUGUCGUUGCAAUCAUUUAUCCUUAACGAAAUGGCUUACAGAUGCAAACAAAUUCUUAUGCAACUUUAAUGCGACGCCUGUACUGGUGCAGAAUCACGCCGCUCCGCGCGGCAAAGCAGUCUGGUUCACUCAAAAUAGUGCAAGAUGUUCUUACAAAGAUGCAAUUCAUGAACUGAGUUAAGCAUCGAGCCCUGACGGCUGGUCAAACCAAACCAGGAGGCACGAUGAACACGACGCUGGGGCAGGCUUUCGAGUUCCCCUUCGUGGUCAGCGACAACCAGCUCAGAACCAGCGCCAUUCUCAACUUCGUGCUGGGCAUGGUGUCGCUGCUGGUGUUUGUGUCGCUGCGCGGCACGCUGAGGAGCGUGGGCGGCGUGUACCAGCGCAGGAGGGAGCUGAUGGACUUGUUCCUGCAGCCACCGGCGCUGGCGCUGGGCGGGCUGAGGCAGGUCUGGAGCUGGGCGGCGGCGGUGCUGACGAUGUCGGACACGGAGCUGGUGCGCUGCGCCGGGCUGGACGCGCUGAUCCUGAACCGCACCAUCCUGAUGGGGCUGCAGAUGUUCUCGGUGCUCACAGUCAUCAGCUCCGGCGUGUUGCUGCCCAUGUACUACAGUUUCGAUGACAUCGUGACGCACCGCAUCCACCGCGGCACCAACGCCGCCGAGCUGUCCCGCACCACCAUCUCCAACCUGCCCGCCGGCCACGACAUCCUGUGGCUGCCCGCCGGCGUCACCUACAUGGUGGUGGGCUACUGCUGCUGGGUGCUGCUGUGCCACUGCCAGAGCUAUGCCGAGCUGCGUGUGGCCUACAUGCUGUGCCUGGACGCGGCGGGACCGCAGCACUACCAGCCGCGCCGGCCCCGGGCAACUGCUCUCGGGGGAGACGCGAACAACGGCGGCCUUGGCGGCGGCGGCGGCGGUUUUGGCGGCGGCGGCAGUGGCCUGGGUGGUGGCGGCGGGUCGGGGCAGCUGGGCCCGGGUAUGGUCGCAGUGACAGGCAUUGCGGGCCCGGCGGCGGGAGGGCUCGGCGGCGCGGGCGGCGGCGCGGGCGGCGGGGUGGGCGGGCUGGGGAGCCGGCGGGGCAGCGGAGCGCUGCUGGUCAGCGUCGGCGGAGCGGCGGCGCCAGGAGGAGGAGGGGCGGUAGCGGCAGUAGCAGCCGGCGGGCAGGGGGGCGCGGGGCUGGGCAGUAGCAGCUCACUCUCGCGGCUGCUGCAGCAGCACCAACAGCAACAGCAGCAGGCGGAGGUCCGCCGGCCAGGGCACGGACACGCGCGACACCACUCCUAUGGCGGGCUAGGCGCUGGCGGCGGCGGCGGCGGCGGCGGUGACGGUGGGCUCGCGGCAGGCGACGGCGGCGCGGGCGCCACAGCGGUGGCGUCAGCGGCGGCAGGCGGCGGCGGUGUCAGCGCGGGCGGCGGCGCCGGCAUCAGCAGGAUGCGUGGCAGCGCCAGCGCCGCAAACCUGCACUCCCUAGCAGCCGGCGGCGGCGGCGGCGGCCACGCCGCCAGCCAUGCCGGCCACGACGGACACGGCCUCGAACACGGCUACGGCCACGGCCACGGCCAAUCCUCGGGCGCGCAUCAGGGAGCCACGGGCCAGCACGGCGGCUCCGGCAACGUCCUGGCUCGGAUGUCGUACGGCGCCUACGCCGCCGCGCCGCUCACACGGGCCACGGCGGCGGCGGCGGCGGGCGCGGCGGCGCCGCAUUCGCAUGGCGGCGGCGCCGCCGGCAGCAGCCUGCUGGUGCUGUCGGCGGCUCCGCCACCGCCGCCGCCACCUGCCGUAGACACGACCCGGAGCAGCCCCGACAGCCCGCAGGCUCAUGACCGUGGCGACCGCGGCCGCGCUUCCUCCUCCCGUGGUGGUGGCGGCGGCGGCGGCGGCGGCGGAGGCGGCUGGCCGCUGUCUCCCAGUGACACGCGGGGCCUGCCGCUGGGUCAGCGGCUGCGUCUGGUGGCGCCGUGGCUGCGGCACGUGGUGGUGGCGGCGGCGGAGCGGGCGGCGCGGACCAAGGCCUGGGACAACAUGGUGGCGUGCUUCAGCCCCACACGGAUGCUGGCAAAGGAUCGCGAGGACUGGGCCCGGCAGCAGUUGGCGGCGGACAACGACCCCAACCCCCAACUGCCGCCCGUGCCGUCCGGCCAACCGCCGCCGCUAACCGCCAUCCACGGCGGGCUGCUGAUCGCCAGUGAGGACAUGAUCCUGGCCCUCAUUGGCCGUACGGGCGGCGCGGACGGUUGCGGUUGGCAGUUGGGCGAUGACCCGGCAGCGGCGGCGGCGGCAGCGGUUGGCAGCGGGGAUGUGGCGGAGGCUGCGCUGGCGGCGGCGAUUGCCGCGGCAAUGUCUGGCGACGGCGCUGACAAUACGGCGGCCGGUAGCGGUGAUGUGGAUGUAGAGGCGCAGGACUCGAAACCGCUGCUUGGCAGGGACUCACAGAGAAGCAGCGGCAGCGGCCCUGGCGGCGGCGCCGGCGGCCGCGGCGGCGCCGCAGGAGCCGGCGUCAUAAAGACCCGCCGCGGCCGCAAGUGGCGCUAUCUUUCUGCCGGCGGCGGCGGUGGCGAUGGCGGUGGCGGCGGCGGCGGCAGCAGCGACGGCGAGGGGGUCACUGGCAGUGCUGGCGACGGCGCCGGACCCGGCAGUGGCGGCGGCGGCGGCGGUGGCGGCGGUGGGCUGACGUGGACCGGCAGUGCAUUGGAACUGGCCAAGUGCCUAGGGCUGGGGCUGCGGCGCGGCGGCGGCGGCGGUGACGGCGCAGCCGGCAGUAGCAGCACCGCUGGUGGCAACGGUGCGGCCGGCAGCAGCAGCAGCGCCAGCAGCAGCAAGCCGCCGAAUGGCGGCGCCGCAGCCGGCUGCCCCACCAAUGGCAAGCACCAUGCUAGCGACACCGAGCCCACCCAGGGCCGGGGCUGCGGCGCCGCGGCAUGCACGAGCGGCAGUGGUGCUACAGCCGCUUUCGACGCCGGCUUUGGCGGCAGUAGCAGCGGCAGCCACGACGCGCCGGCGGUGUACCGCUACUGGGCGCCGGCAGCGGAGCAGCGCUGCUUCGGUCAGGCGUUGCGGCGGCGGCAGCGGCGGCACACGGCGGCGGUGGCGGCGGCGCUGGAGGGAUUGGGGGCGGCGCUGCCGCCGGGUUUCACAGUCAUGGACAACCGGGCCUACGACGCGUCACUGUCCCAAAGGCCGUCUUCUUUCGAGGCCGCUGCUACUGCCGCCGACAGCAAUGCCGCUGCUACAGCUGCUGCGGGUGCUACUGCUGGCGACGGCAGCUCCCGCGGCGGCGGCGAGGGUGCGCACACCCGCUUGAACAGCGACCGCGAUGGCCGUGGUAGCGACGGCGAUGAUCUGGAUGAAAUGCUGGCGGCGGCGGCGGAGGCGGCGGCGGAGGCGGCGGAGGCGGCGGACCCGGAGCGGCCCUGGACGGGGUGGCAGCAGCAACCGCUGGUGGUGGGGCGAUGCAGCGCACGGCUGAGGCAGCUGCUCAAGGUGCGCCACGGCGGCCGGGCGCACCUGGUGAACGCGCACCACUACGCCGUGCUUGUGCGCGACGUGGUGCUUCGCCCCGUGGAGCGGUUCGCGCUGUUCGGCUCGGGGAUGGGGCUGGGCGCGCUGUUGCCAGGCGUGGAGCUGCAGGGGGAGGCGGAGGCGGGCGCGCGCGAGCGGCGGGAGGAGCGGGCGCGCGAGGCGGAGCGGGAGCGGGAGGCGGGCGGGGGGGCAGUAGGAGGGGGAGGGGGAGGGGAAGGUGGAGGAGGGAGCGGGCGUGGAGAGGGGGGCGCAGGGCUUGAAGCCACGCGGGACAUGGAGCUUGCGGUGUUGACCAGUGCCGCCGCGGCCGCGGCGGCGGCGCCGCCGCCGCCUGCGGCGCCUGCGGUUCCUCGGGAGCAGCUGAUCCGCACGCUGCUGCGGACGGCCUCAACCGCUUGGCGCGAGCCGCCGCCGCCGGCGCCGCCGCCGGAGGCCGACGGCGCCGUGGCCGCCUCUGGCGCUGACGUCAGCCAGCCCGGCGGCGGCGGGCCCGCUACAGCCGCCGCCGGCGCUGCUGCAUCGUUCGCUCGGGCGUCGACGACGGGGGCUGUAGCAGGCCGCGGCGGCGGCGGCGGGGUCGGCGGCGGCGGCGGCGGCGGCGUGGUGCCGUACGGAGACAUGGUGGGCGGCGGCGCAGUCGGCCGGACCGACUUCUUGCCGCGGCGGCGCUCCAUUGGCGGCGCCAGCCCGCCGCCGCGCUGGCGCGGCAGUAGCACCGGCGAUGGCGGCGGCGUCGGUGGCGGCGGCGGCGGCGGCGGCGGCGGCGGCGGCGGCGGCGGCGGCGUGCUCAGUCCCGCGGCCACGGGUGGCGGUGAAGGGAGCAGCCGGCGGGGUGCCUCUGGCGAGGAUUCGGGUGCGGUUGCGUGUAGAGGCGGCGCUGGUGGCGCCGGCGGCGCCCGAGGGGCGGGGGAAGAGGAGGAAGAGGAAGAGGAGGAGGAGGCUGAUGAUGAGCAUGACCCGUUGCUGUCACCGGGAAGCGGGGAGGAGGGCUGGGAGGAGGGCGAUGGAGGCACGCGGCCGAGAGGCAGGGAGCAGCGCCGGCGGCGGCGGCGGAGACCGCUCGUUGGCGGCACAAGUGAGUUGCCUCUUCGGGAACGCGCGACGCUGCUGGCUCGCGAGCUGGCGGGCAAUGGCGGCGGAGGCGGCGGAGGUGGCCGGCGGCCCGGCGGUAGCGGCAGUGGCGGCGGCGCACACCGCACGCCGCCGUCCGCGGCGUCGCCGGCGCCAGCGGCUCUGGAGCUGACGUCACUGCGUUGGGAGGAGGAGAGGGGGGAAGGCGGGAGCCACGCGUGCCCGGCGGCGGCGGGAAAUUCGGCGUUUGCGGCGGCUGGCAGGGAGGAGCUUGGGUUGGGGUUGGGGUUGGGUCCGUUUGCGUCGCCGUCCGGGCGGCAAGCAAGCGCGCUGGCGGCCGCGGAGGCGCGUCAGCGUCAACAAGAGCCUGCGUCGCAAGACGCUACAGCCCUCGACAGCUUGGGACUGGGCGUAUCGCUUCCACCCGACGGCGUUGGCGCGGGAGCGUGCGGGGCUUCAAACGCCGCCACCGCCGCAGCGGCAGCCGAGACGGGACGGCGGCGAGCCGGGGCCGCCCCGUCUGCUGCGGCCGCGGCCGCCGCCGCCGCGGCAACGGUGGCGGCGGCGGCGGUGGAGGCGGCCGGUGGCACCUGUUUAGGCCCAGUGCCGACGCCGCCGCCGGUUAUGGAGGUGCCGUACGACGAUAGCGAAGAGGCGGCGGCGGUUGCGUCGUACUUCUCACAGCUGUUCCCGGACAGCUUCCAGCGACUGGUGCCGGUCUGCAACCACCGGUCGGUGGACGAGCUACUGUUUCAAUGGACGAGCGCCAUGGGCCAACUGUCUGCGGCGCUGCUAAACGCACACGUGGCGAUGCGCUCCGCCGCCGCCACCGCCGGUGGUGGUGGUGGUGGGACGAGCAAAGGGGCAGCCGGCAAAGCCCUGGGCGCUGCCGGCGGUGGCGGCGGCGGCGGGAGCGCUGGCGGCGAGGUGGCGGCGCCGCCGCGUCACCACAUGCAGGCCAUCCGCCGCGCCGCCGCGGCCGUGCGGCGCCUGCAGCAGCGCAUCCUCCUGGAGCGGGCCCGCGCGCUGCGGCGCCCCACCCGCCGAGCCUACGUGGCGCUGUUCUCCACGCAGCGCGACGCGGCGGCGGCGGCGCAGUGCUCCCCGCUGGCGCCGCCCUCCACUUCGCAGCCGCUGCACUUCCGGGCCUGCGCGGCCCCGCCGCCCGACGCCGUGUACUGGCCGGCGUUGUGGACCCUGCCCACCAGCAGGGCCGCCCGAGUGCUCAUGUCGGCGCCGCUGCUGGCUGUGCUGUUCUUCCCCAUCGGCGCGCUGACCGGCGCCCUGGCCAACCUGCCCGUGGCGGUGUGCGGCGGCACCCCCGAGCUAAACCGCCUGUACUGGCCCUGGUUCUGCAGUCACCAGCAGCACCACAGCUGGGCCAGCCGCCUGUCCAAGGCCGCGCUGACGGGGGUGCUGCCCGCGCUUGUCAGCCUGGGCUGGAACGCCUGGGUCAUGCCGCAGGCGCUGUACCUGCUGUCGGCCAUACAGAGCAGGUGUGUGUCGCUGCCGGCCAUGGACCGCCAGAUGAGCCGCUGGUUCUUCUGGUGGAGCCUGCUCAACAUGUUCCUGGGCGCGGUGGUGGGCGGCGGCGUGUUCCAACAGCUGGGCGCAUACCUCAAGGACCCGGGCAAACUGCUCCUGCGCAUUGGCACAGCCCUGCCCACCGCCUCCAACUUCUUCCUGCACUACACUCUCACCCGCGGCCUCUACUCCAACUGGCUGCGCAUAGCCUGGCCGCACCUGGGCCACAUGGCGGGCGGCGCGCUGCGCGGGCUGGCGGGCGCCGCACUGCCGCGCUCGCUGCAGGACGUGUGGGCCGCGCACAGCCCGCCCGGCUACCGCUUCGCGUCGUUCUACAACGGCAUCCUGCAGACGCUGAUGGUGGGGCUGGCCUACGCGGUCACGGCGCCGCUUAUCGCGCCCAUUGCGCUGCUGUUCUUCGCCACCGCCUACAUCACCUGGCGCUAUGCGGUCAUCUACAUCUACGAGCGACAGUACGAGUCGGGCGGCUCCAUGUUCCCCGUGGUGUUUGACCACCUGGUGGGCUACCUGCUGGUGGCCGAGAUAUUCACAGGGGCUGUGCUGCUGACCAAUGGCGCCUGGGUCCAGGCCGCCAUCAUUUGGUGCUCCCUCACCCCCGCGCUGGUCACCUUUCGCCGCUUCUGCGUCAACCGGUACCUGUGGCCGCUGGAGCACCCGCCGCUGUCGCUGGCGAUGGCGGCGCCGCCGGCCGCCGUGGACCCGGCGGUGUUCAUGCCGCCGGCGCUGCGGGAGGGCUGCGCGGGCUGGUACCCCGAGAGCGGCAAGGUGUGGGAGCAGUACGGCAUACCCAAGUACGUCGUGUGAGUAGCACCUGGCCUGGGGGCGUUGCCUCCCUGGCAGCGCUGCCGCUCCCUGGCGACGCUCCCUCCAUGGCGGCGCUCCCUCCAUGGCGGCGCUCCACUUUGGCGCACCGUGGGUUGCGUGACAGCUAUGCAAGUACACUGACAGCGGGGGGCGGCGGCUCGGCGGCGGCCCAUGGGGCCAUGUAUGAACCUGCUGCCGUGGCCCCCUGCGGUUUUGGCAGGCCGUGGCAACGCCCCGCCACGGACAUACGCGGGCUGGGGCCCUGGGGAUGGCGGCGCUGUGUGGCCGCGUGUGUGGUGCAGCAUCCACGGCUGUGUUGCGUGAGGGAGGGCGUGUGGCGCGGUCCGGGUACUGGUCGCGGUGUGGAUGCGGCGGCGUUGCCGGGGGGUGCGAGCCUGCGAGGGCGGCUGCGCCGGGUGUUGGGCGCUUGCGAUUGACACGGCCCCAGGGCUGAUGCGUCGGUGCAGCAGCAGGAGCGCACCGGGGUGUGGAUGUUCACCGUACUUGCGGGCUGGGGCCCAGGUUUGGAGGUGGCGGGUGUUGAAUGUUGGGAGGAUUUGCGGGGACCGGAGCCCAGCGGGUAUGGGGGAGAGCGCACGGGGGCAUGCUGCCCCCGUACACACGCGGCACGCAGCCAGCAACGGGCCAACGGCUGCGUCGCCCGAGGUUGUGUUGCGGUCAUUCGGCAAUGGGUGGCUUGGCGCCAUACGGUGUGCGCGCGUGCGGCCAUACGGUGUGUUACGCUUGACCCCUGCGGUGCGGCACGAUACGUGUGGCUGGAGCCGGGAUAACGGUGCUGGGGGCCGAGGGCGCGCCCCCACACCGCCAGCACCAGCAGCGGCCGCAAGUGUCAGAUAAGGUGGCUGUAGGGACACGCGCGGUAAGACCCCCCGCCCCAGAUAGUAUUUGCCAAUUGAGUUUGGACAAAUGGGCGCGUUGGUCAGUGAUCACAACGCUGUCAGCGCAAACGCUCGCUGGCAGGUGUGCCUGCAGUCGGGACACGUAGUUGUAGUUAUAAAGAGUUGUCGAUCAGGGCACGGCGGAUGCGCGAGGUGGGGGCCGCAAAAGCCAAGUACUGCCCAGUGUGGAGUGUGAACCAUUGUGAACGUGCAGUUAUCGCGUAAUCGAUACUUGACAUGUUGUGGAGGUCCUUAAACUUAAAUUUUAAUCGGCUGUAUCAAUAGUACAGCUUAUACAGCUUAUUACGUCUCCGCCUGCGCAAACUUGCCACUUUGCGGUUGAUGUGGCCGACAUUCCGGUCCAUUAAGGGAGACCAAGCGACCAGUUCAGAGCCGUGUAGCCUGCGGCGGUCUGCGUGAACAUCGAUACAGCUGUGACGACGUGGCACCAUUCUGCGCCAAUGGUAAACCCGUCACAGCGAUGCUGGGGGGCGCCUAUUACUCACAGUUCGGCGGGGUAGUGGUUGCAGUUGCACGGGCAUUGAAAAUUUCACCUGAGACCCUUUCCCGGCUGAUGCGAUCCAGCCUACACUAGCGUGAAGCGGGGGCUGGCAGUCUCCAAGCAGCAAUGUCAGUGUACGUCGGUGUACCACACGUACAUUGAGGCGUCGAGGCACAUCGAGGUAUCUCGAAGCA